AAUUAAUUUGGUGCACAGCUUAGCUGUCAUUGGCUGCUGCUUGUUGUCUUCAAAACGGACGGCGCACCUCUCAAAAGGUGUACCAACCAACAUGGAAACUGAGGUCGAAUAUCUUCGUGAUCAAGUCCGUAGGCUCAAUUCUUCUCUCAGUCGGUAUCAACGUGAGGGGAAUGGACCGACCAAACCAUCUCAGGUUGAAGAUGCAAACAAGACAGAGUUUGAUGCUCCCUGGCUCUCUGAUCGGAGUGUAAUGGCUCCGCUGAUAGCCGAGUAUGAUCGCCACAUUGAUGAAAUGUCUCAACAGCUCCAGAAAUAUCAGGUGUCCAUGACAGAUUUCAAAGAAAAGUUGGAAAUUGUUGUCCAGGAAAAUGAAAGGCUGCAUGCAGAAAUGAGGGAAUCGGUUGAGAAGCAGCUUCAGUCAGCCUCGAACAUCCCUGGAGUGGAGAUGAGCAUUUUGGAGGAGGAAGCAGUGGUUAAAAAUCUCCAAGAACAAGUCAAGCUUUCAGAACAGGAGCGGAUGCAAGCCAUGGAGUUGUGGCAGACAGCAGCACUGGAGCUUGAUCGUCUCCAGGAGUUCUACCAGAAGAACCUCAUUGAUAGGCAGAGUGCUGAUGCUAAGGAACAGCAGCUCAAGGAUCAAAUUGUAGUUAACCACCAGCAGACGCACCAACUCCAAGUGACCAACCAGGAACUACAUUUGACCAAUCAACAGCUUAUAAAAACGGUAACAGAGCAGAGUACGGAGAUGGAGGGGCUACAGAGCCAGCUCAGAACGACCAAAGGCGAUUUGGGGACAGCCACAACCAAAGUGGAAGAAAUGAACAAACAGCUUCAGCUAGUUCAGCAUCAGCUAAAGCGACAGGAGGAAGAGCUCAUCGAGGCUCGCAGCCGAGAGGAAGCAGCAGAAAGACAAAUUCAACAGCUUCAGUCGACCAUCUGUCAGAAAGAGAGCAGGCUCAAAACGACAUCCCAAGCGGCAGAUGAUGUUCGAGGAGAGCAAACUAUGUGGGAGCAAAUGUCCGGGAACCUGAAGGCCAGAUGUACGACCUUGGAGCAAGAGAAAUAUGAUGCGUUGGACAAAGUUCGAGAGAGUGUGCAGAUGGCUGAAGAGGCAGUACUGCAGAAGAAUGAGGCUCUCUUAAGAGAGAAGCAGAUGAUGGAGGAGCUUGAGAAGACAAAGAAGGUUAUUGCACAGCUGAUUGACGAUGCUGCCGUCCGCACCAGAAAAGAGGUGGAUAACAUACGCAAGCAGUGCAAUGUUGAACUCCGUCGUAUGGCCGAGGAGCUGUCUUUAAUGCAACUGGAGUGUGCAGAAAAAGAAUCUCAGAAUGAGAGGUCUAAGCGAGAGAGAAAAGCUUUAGAGGAGGAACUGGCAAAGGUGGUUAAGGAGGGUCGGUCAGAACCUGAGCUUGGGAAAUUUGAUGUCCUUCACCAGAGGUGUCUCACUGCAGAGAGGAUGAAAGAUGAAAUAAGCAUCACUUUACAAAGUACACAAAGCAAACUAAAAAAGAUGGAAAUGGGCUAUAAUGAAGAAUUGUCCCGUAGUCAGGAAGAAGUGCAGCGGCUGAAGGGUUGUUUGGCCGCAGCAAGAGAGGACUGCGUCAAAAUCAGUGACGAGCGACUCCAACUGCAGCAAGAGAACUUUCAGAUCCGCAGGGAAAUGGAUGAACUGCGCAAGGCCUCCUUGCUUGCUCAAAAGAAGGCCAAACAACAGGUGUCAGAGAUGGAACAUGAGUACAGCCUCAAAGAGAAGACUCUUAGUGCACAGAUGAGUGACCUGGAGGAGAGCAGCCGCAACUCAAGUGCUGAUCUGAUGCGCCUUCUCACUGCGCAGAACAAAAGUAUUCAGCGUUGGAAAGACGAGGGAAAGAACAUGGCCCAAGCCUUUGAAAUUAAAAUGAAAAAUAUGAAGGCCGAGCUAAAUCAACACAAGCAGCGGUCACAUGAGUUAGAGCAUCAGCUCGGAAACAAUCUCAAAAUGAUUGAAGAGUAUAAGAGAGAGUUAGCAGAGUAUCAAGAGAAGGCCAGUCGCCUCCAAAGACGACUGAAUGAUGUCGAGCAACGUGCAACAACUGCUUCACAACAGAUUACAGUUAUGGCUUCCAAGCAAAGAAAAACGUACUUUCUUGAGGCAAAGCAUGAAUAACAGCACUUUCAAUGGAUUUAUUGGACCCGAAGUAAAAAUGUGUUUCCUCUCCAGAUCCUAAACUUACACAAAUAAUUUAUACAAUAUGUAUUGCCAUAACAUCAACAUGUGUAUACCAAUGGAUGAUUGAGAACAUAACAGACAUCAGUUUUUAAUUCAUGUGGUUUUGAAUGAAGAUUGUCCUCCCCCGUGUACAUGGUGUAAAUAUUUGAUAUUUUGGGGUAUUCAAGCUUUUAAUAUGGAACAUUUCACAGGAUGUAUGGUCUCAAUGGCAUUGAGAUUGUGUGAUGUGUUCUUCACAAUUGUAUAUCUGUUUAAUAGUUUGUCUUUAUGAAAAUCAAUUUUAUAUUCAGGGAUGGCAAUUUUCCACGGUUACGUGGAAAUUCACCGUUAUUUCUUAAAUUGAUCAUUUUUGUGAAUCGUCUAAAUCCGUUGAGAAAAUUUUAGGCGGGGUCAGGUACUUUAUCGUCGAGUUUUCACGAGCUCUCCGAUCAGUCUUUCUAUCUUCCGAUUGUAAACAGCCUUGCGAUUGGACGUGUAUGAUGUCUUACUUGUUGUGAUUGGUCGCCCCGUCCAGGCCACGCCUCUUUCCAAUUUUUUUUCAUCAUUAGCCAUUGCCAUCCCUGUAUGUGUCAUUUGAAUAGAAAAACUAUUUGCACUGGUUAAUCUGUAUCAAAUGUUGUGUCGUUGCCAUUGUUAGAUACUUUUAUACUGAUGUUUUUCUUUUCAGAAAUGAUCCAAUUGACAAAAUGAACAUAUUCAUGAUGCCACUGACACCCUCAUUUUAGAAUGAUCAGUUUCCCUUUUCGAUUGGGUGACAUUAGUUUUAUUCAUUGAUUGAUUCAAUCAAAUUCCGAUAAGGUUUUUUUGGCCAAGGUGACCAAAAACAUUUCAGUGGCUUUUGCAGAUUAUUCUUACUCACGGGCCAGCCGACCCUUACUUGUGGGGCCACAGUGUAUGUGUACUGAAGCUAAUUUAUCAGCCAAAUCAGCAUUGUUUGUUAUUUUGUGUUGUUUUCUGGUAUUGUAUACAAUAAAAAUGUCUAUUUACUACUGGAUGUUGGGAUAUAUCAGAAUUUUGACUUUUUUUUCUUAUUCUUUUUUUAUGUAUUUAAUAUGAAUCAAUGUAUUUAAUAUGAAUCAAUACUUUUA